AUGUUCUGGAUGGCCCACUUCACCUUCUCAUCCAGGCUCUCCAGGGUCUGCUCCCUGCCGUACCCGAAGUCCUCCGCGGCCCCACGCUUGGCCAGGGCGUCCACCGCCUCAUUGCCCCUGGCCACUUGCUGCGCCAAGCCCUCGAGCCUGCUGAUGGCCGCUCUGGACCUGUGGGCCUUCACAUGCAUCACCCACUCUGGCUCAAGCCCCACGUCCGCGAUCUUGUGCCAGAUCCUCCUCCAGACGUCCGCGUGCGGCCUUCCCCAGCUUAAGCACCACCUCGGCCCCCUCCUGAUGCCGUCAAGGAUGCCCUGGUGGUCCGUGAAGAUCCUGCACGGCGGCAGCACCGUCUCCAAGGUCUUUAAGAAAGCCCACAUCUCGGCCCUCUUGACCGUCUUCUGCUCCUUGAAGCGGCAUGGCAGGGGGCCCCAGAGCUGCACCGUGGGGGCGCCUCCCGCGUCGAUGGCCAUCGCGGCCCACCCCGCCUGCGCCCAGCAGCUGGUGCCCAGCUUGGAGCCGUCGCACACGAUGUCGCCCGACAGGAGGGCGUCCGCCCCCUGGAGGACGUCGCAGUGGAAGUCCGCCUCGUCGACCGACCUGUGGGCCCAGUCCGCCGCGGGCCCACACCCAAUGCAGAUGUCGGUCGGCGUGAUGCUGACCUCGGCAAGCCUGCUCAUGGUCCAGGGACAUUGCGCCCUUCUCGACACCAGCAGCCGCCUCACCACCUUCUGCAGCGCGACCUGCUCUUGCCUGUACUGCGAGAUGACCUGGGUACUCCGCGACCAGGGGAACACUCCACUGGCUCCAGUCCUCCUGCCGCUGGUGCUUCUCGCCCCCCAGAUCCUUGAUCCACAGCGCCGUCCAGACACCGAGGGCAUCCCUGAGCCUAGCACCCGCCUCAGGCCUGAAGGCCUGCUGGCGACAGGGUUGCACCUGCCCCUGGCCCCCUGCAACGAGCACUCUCAGAACUCGAGCCCCAAGGCCGCGAAGCCGUCCACGCUGUCGUCCACAACGGACGGGAAGCUGUCCACGAUCCACUGCUGCGCCCCUCGCUGCUUGAGCACAUGCAAGCUCACCCUCUCGAACGCCUUGACCAGGUCGAGGAUGGCCGUCACCGUCGCUAGGGGCUCCCUCAUGAUCUCCCACACCCUCACCAGGGUCGGGAGAAGGCCGAUGGCACGAUCGACCGCUACGCUCUUCGGGAUCAGGAAGAAAAUGACCGUGGCUGCAUGCAGCGGCCAGACGAGCGUGCGCUCCACCUCCCUCAGGAUCUGCAGGAGCGUCCAGUGCGCUGCGUCCGAAGCCCCUUGCAGCAUGGCGGGGUGCCAGCGGUCCACUCCUUGUGCUGUCUUUUUCUUGAAGGUGCGCGCCACUUUCUUUAACUUGGCCAAGUCGUCCUCUGUGAACUCUGGCAACUCCUGGCGCGGCUCCGUCUCCCACCGCCGCUCCUGCUCCUGCAUCGGGUCGUUCACCUUCCAGACUGCGUUCCACUCCCCCAGGGCCGCUUCCGCUGCCCGCAACGGGUCGAGCGUGAUCCCCACCGGCUUGUGCGGCGCCGAAGGCCAAGACUCGUGGAUGGGGGCCACCAGCGUCGCGCCAAUGAGCUUGAUCGAAUCCAAACCCGCCAGGACGGCAGGGGCAUUCUGGAAGUCCCCGCACAGCACCCACGGCAUGUUGAGCUCGUGCAGCUUCCCCAACACGUGGUCCAUCAGCCCCCUGUUCCGCCGCGACAUCUGCUCGGCCGUCCACAGGUACACCUCGGAGCCGGAGGCCGAGCAGCUGGAGGGGAUGGGGGCUUGCCGCGCGCAGCGGGUGGCCUCUGGGCAGGCGUGGCCUCUGGCGCGCCGGCUUCAGGGGGCAGACCGCAGGGGGCGGCCGAGUGCCCGAGCGCACGGGCCCGAUGCUGCGGGGGACCACGCUGGCGGAGGGCCACGCAUGCGCGUAGACGAGGGAGGGGGUGGAGAGGGAGGAUGGAGGAGGGAGAGGAAGGAUCCGAGCAAGGAGUCGCAGCCUCAAAAGUGCAAAUAUAUAAGAAAAAAGCCCGUUUGCUGA